UUAUUAUUGUGUCCUCUAUAAUUUUGGAAGGUUGAUCCGUUUAAGAACACAUGUUUUAAGAUAUGUGUUCGCCGGGUGUUUUGUUCCUGGCGCUUGCGCUGGUCGGUUCUGGGUUCGCGGGCCCGCUGAUCAGCCCGGAGCCUCGUGUGAGCGAAGAGGCUUACGUACUACCUGGAGAGUCCUUCCCCACCUUCUACGAUGUGAGGCUCUUCAUUGACCCGGGCUACGUGCAGUCUUUUCGCGGAGAUGUGUCCAUCAGGAUCCUUCCGAACAGGAACACCGACCAGAUCGUCUUGCACGCUAUGGCGAUGACUAUCGACAGUGUCUUCAUCCAUACGGAGAGCAAUGAGAAUGUCAACCUACUCAACAGCUGGACGUUGGAUGAAAGCGAUACUCACUUCUUGACCAUCAGGACGAAUGUACAGCUGAAUACACUUCAGCCGUACAUAGUCAAGAUUGAAUACACUGGACAAUACGCUGAGAAUAUGUUCGGAAUCUACGUUUCUACUUACGAGGAAUCCGGACAAACCAUUAAUUUGGUGACAUCCCAACUGCAGCCGACUUUCGCUCGGCGUGCGUUCCCCUGCUACGACGAGCCCUCCUUGAAGGCUGUGUUCAGAACUACCAUCUAUGCACCCCCAGCAUAUACCGUAGUUAGGAGCAACAUGCCUGAGAGAACGGAUUUACUCAAACCAGAAGUACAGGGAUACACAAAACACGAAUUCCAAGACACUCUUGUCAUGUCUACAUACCUGCUCGCCUACUUGGUGUCCAACUUCGAGCACGUAACUAACGAGCAAAGCCCGAUCUACCGCAUCCCUUACCGCGUUUACUCGCGGCCGGGCACACAGGACACUGCUGAGUUCGCAAUGGACUUCGGACAACGGAACAUGAUCGCUCUGGAGGAGUACACAGAGUUACCGUACGCUUUCCCGAAACUCGACAAGGCUGCUGUACCCGAUUUCGCUGCAGGUGCUAUGGAGAACUGGGGAUUAGUUAUAUACAGAGAGGUAGCUCUUCUCUACCAGGAGGGUGUGACAACAACAUCGACUCUCCAGAAUAUCGGGCGCAUCAUCUGCCACGAGAAUAGCCACAUGUGGUUUGGCAACGAGGUCAGCCCUCAGUCCUGGACUUACACCUGGCUGAACGAGGGCUUCGCUAAUUUCUUCGAGAACUUUGCUACUGAUUUGGUGAAUCCGCAAUGGCGUAUGAUGGAGCAGUUCGUGCUGCUCCUGCAGAACGUGUUCCAGAGCGACUCUGUACUCAGUGUGAACCCCAUGACACACCCCGUCUACACGCCCUCGCAAAUCCUGGGAACCUUCAACGCCGUGGCCUAUCAGAAAUCCGGCUCCGUGAUCCGCAUGAUGCAACAUUUCCUCACGCCCGAGGUGUUCAGGAGAGGACUUGUCUACUAUCUCCGAGACAAUUCCAGGCGAGCCGCCGUUCCAUCGAACUUGUACGUGGCCCUACAAAGGGCGCUGGAUGAGUCCACUCACAGCAUUCCCUACCAGUUGGCGACUGUCAUGGGGCGGUGGACGUCACAAGGAGGUUUCCCCGUUAUAACUGUUAACAGAAUGGCACCCGAAGCGAACUCCAUUUCUAUUAAGCAGACGCGCUUCCUGACAGACAGCUCUCUGGUGUCAGACGACAGAUGGCAUAUCCCAGUCAACUGGGUGCUGUCCACCAACCCAAAUUUCACUGACACCAGUCCUCUGGGCUGGGUACCACCCACCGUCACCGCUGUGUCCUUUGACAUUCCCGGCUUGGAAAACACUGAAUGGUACAUCGUUAAUAAGCAGCAGACAGGUUACUACAGAGUGAACUACGAUAUUGACAACUGGAAAGCCCUAGCCAAGGUUCUGUUCGAGUCUCACAAUAUCAUUCACCUGUUGAACAGAGCUCAACUCGUUGACGACGCCUUCAACUUGGCAAGAAACAAUAGAUUGGACUACAGCAUUGCUUUCGACGUAUCGAGGUAUUUGGUGAACGAGACGGAUUACAUCCCGUGGGCAUCGGCCAGCUCAGCAUUUAAUUACCUGGACGUUGUACUCAGCGGAACUUCUGUCUACACUCUAUUCCAGGAAUACCUAUUAGAGCUAUCGGCGCCGUUGUACGGAUCCCUCGGUUUCGACGCGGUAGCCGGCGAGGAGCAUGUAACGGCUUACCACAGGAACAUCAUGCUGGAUAUUAACUGUCGCUAUGGCAACGAGCACUGCGUGAGCAGAUCCCAGGAACUAUUGCAGCAGCUGAGAACUAAUCCCAAUCUGAGGCUCAACCCUGACAUCCAGACCACGGUGUUCUGUUCCGGUCUUCGCGGCGGUGAUGCUGACAACUUCAACUUCCUGUGGCAGCGCUACCUCGCCACCUCUGACUCCAGUGAGCAGGCCAUCCUCUUGAAUGCUAUGGGCUGCACUUCCAAUGCUGAGCUUCGUGAAUUCUACUUGAACCAAGUGAUCGACGACAACUCGUCGGUUCGCGAGCAGGACCGCCACACCAUCAUCGUGUCCAUGAUCAACUCCAGCCCCGCCAAUAUGGAGGUCGCCCUGGACUUCAUCAUCAAUAACUUCGCCGAGAUUCAACCCAGAGUCCAAGGACUGACCGGAACCACCAACAUUCUUAAUGCGUUGGCCAGAAGAUUGACAACCUCCGGGCACUCCGAUAAGAUUGACACGUUUGUGAGCACUCACCAAUCCAUCUUUACUGCCGGCGAGGCCGCCGCCGUGGCUGCCAUCAGGGAGAAUAUCGACGCCUCCGUCGCCUGGAGUGAUAGCAACUUAGAAACCGUGGAGGACUGGCUCAAAGUCAACUACGGCAGUGGCGCCAACAUCGUCACUUCCAGCCUACUCGUCAUCAUUUCUGUUGUUGUAGCAUUUAUUAAUUAUUAA